AUGGCCUCCAGCAGCAGUCUGUUAUCUGAGGAGCAGUUUCUGUGUCCCAUCUGCCUGGAAAUGUUCAUUCGGCCAGUCUCAACUCCAUGUGGACACAAUUUCUGCAUGGCCUGCAUCUCAUGCUACUGGGAUGGCAAUCCAGUCUGCCAGUGCCCGAUCUGCAAGGAGACUUUUGAAAGGAGACCUGAUCUCAAGGUUAACACUUUCAUUUCCGAGCUUGCAUCGCAGUUCGUGUCGCUUCAAGUGACAGAUCCUCACAUCUGGAGAGUAGACCAACAGCAGGCUAGCUCUGCUGGUACAGCACUGUGUGAUAUUUGCACUGACACCCAGCAACAGGCUGUCAAAUCCUGUCUGGAGUGUCUGACUUCUUACUGCGACGUUCAUCUCGAGCCUCAUCACAGAGCUGCUGGUCUGAAGAGACACACGCUAGUUAACCCUAUGACGAACCUGGAGGACAAGAUCUGCAAGGAGCACAACCGACUCCUGAUGUUGUUCUGUAGGAGAGACAAGGUUUUGGUGUGUGAUGUCUGUGCCACAUCACGCCACCAGAACCAUGGUGUGGUUUCUGUGCAGCAGGCAUACAAAAAGAUGAAGAGUAAGCUGGGGAACGCGGAGGCCAAAGUGCAGAUGAUGAUCCAGGAAAGGCUACAGAAUGUGCAAGACAUAAAGGCGUCUGUCGCACAAAGCAAGACAGAAAACGGAGAUUUGAUAGAAAGCAAUGUGGAGGAUUUGAAGGCGCUGGUGUGUGAGAUUCAGAAGAGCGAGGCAGAGCUUGUAAGAGUGAUUGAGGAGAAGCAAAAAGAAGCAGAGAAACAAGCAAAUGGUUUCAUAAGCAGUAUGGAGCUGGAGGUCGUUGAGCUGCAGAUAACAGCGGAGAAGCUGAGGGAUCUGAAACAGACUGAUGACCAGCUCUAUUUCCUCCGGAGCUUCAAAAUGCCCUCCCUCCUACCAUACACCAUGGACUUGUCCACAUUCAGUUUUAAAAGCCCCCUGGGGAGACAGCACAUAUGCAAAUCUUUGAGCAAAUCAGUGUCUCAGCUGCGAGUGGUGCUGAAUAAAAUGAACACAGAAAUAAAUAAAUUCUCUGAAGGUGCAGAUGUGUUAACGGAUGUAGAGCUGAGAUCCGCUCAGGAGUAUGAAGUGGACAUCAAGCUCGAUCUUGGCACGGCUCACCCUCUGCUCAUUUUAUCAGAUGAUGGCAAACAAGUGAGAUACAGUAUGGGUUCAGGUUUAUGGGUAAAUCCACACGUGACCCCGUUUAUGUUUACUACACAUCUUGCCGUUCUGGGAAUGAGAGGCUUCUCGUCACGGAAGUUCUACUUUGAGGUGUUUGUGGGUAAAAAGACUGAAUGGUGUCUGGGCGUGGCCACGGAGUCGAUCCAGAGGAGAGGUGUAAUUGACCGAGGUCCUAAUGCUGGACUCUGGGCUAUCUGGUUGCUUGAAGAUAAGUUUGAAAGAUUCAGUCUUCCAAACGUGCCGGUGUACUUUGGGAACGUGGAGAGGGUCGGGGUGUUUGUGGAUUACAACGGAGGUCAGGUAUCGUUCUAUGAUGUACAAACGGCCAACGUUAUUUACUCGUUCACUGACUGUUUCUUUACUGAGGAACUCUAUCCAUACUUUAAUCCUUGUGAUAAUGAGUAUGGUUCAAACUUGGAUCCGAUGAUAAUUGUUCCCGUCCGUCAUACAUAGUGAGGCUGCAGUGAUUGGUGGCUUAGUAGAUAACACCUCAUGGUCAUAAUCACUAAGUAUACAAAGCUUUUUUUUCUGGUAGCUCACUGUGAAAUCGUAGUAUUAAGCAGCUGUCCAGUUGACCUUUUGAGCCUUUUCCAUAACCCUGCAGGCUUGCAUAGCGUUGUGACAUUAAAAUAGAAAUGAGACUGGAGUUCCCCGUCGUAAAAGAGAAACCAAAACAAAACAUAAAUUUGACAAGAAGACUUUAAAUAGAAACACAGAUGUACGUCUGCAUCUAAUGAUUUUUUAAAAUUUAUUAUGAAUUAAUCUGCAGAUCAUUUUCUCAAAUAAGUGUAUUAAUUGUUUGCCUAUAAAUACAAAAAAUACAAAUCAAUGUAGAGCUGAAAGUAAUUCAGUUUUAAGAGAACACAUAAUGCAAAUUUCUAAGUCUAUGUUUAUAUUCCGGGACUCUACUGGAGUAUCUUUGCAUGAUUCACAGUUUAAAAAGCUCCUUAUUUAUCUUUAUGCAGACCCUCCGGUCUUUUUAAAGGUGCAUUGUCUAGAAUUUAGCGGCAUCUAUCAGCUGUACUUGACAGAGAUGUAAUAAUAAUAUUCAUAAGUAUAUUUUAAUUAGUGUAUAAUCACCUAAAAAAAGAAUAAUUUGUUUUUUGUAAGCUUAGAAUGAGCCCUUUAUGUCUACAUAGGGAGCCGGUCCUCUCCCACAGAGCCCAUCAUGUUUCUACAGUAGCCCAGAACAGACCAAACACUGGCUUUACAAAUUACCUUUCCCAUUUUUCGGGAGUUUUACGGACACUACAAGUUCCCCUACACACUUGUGAGGGAAGGAGAGGGCUAUUCACUUGGUUGCAAUCUGCAACCUCACCGCUAAGUGCCACUAAAUCCUACACACUGCACCUUUAAGGCCCCCCUCCCAAUGAGCCAAUUCUUUUCUGAUUGGUUAACUCCCAGAAGCUGCACAUUUGCUUCUUCUGCACUUCUGGCAACUCACAAGAUUACGUAAACAAACAACAGUAGUACCAAUUCACUUCUUUUACGUAGAUGUUUGUUUGACCAUGUUUAACAGAGAUAUCUCAUAUUAUAACUGUAUAAAAACAACAGAAAAUCAUGAUAUGACCCCCAUGUCUGGCGUUUUUGCUUGAAAAGUAACUUAAAUAAGUAAUGAAUUAUGAAAAUAAAACAUGAACGCAGAGAAACAAUCAAUCAACGAAUUGACUGAUAGACUAGUUAGCAAUAUUUGUGUCUUACAAUGGCAGGGUGACACCAAAAAGCACUUUAAUAACAAACCCUGAUUAAACUACAAGUGAAGUAUCAGUCUGUCAUUUUUUCGUAUGCAGAAAUGGCUGUGCAGUUAACUUGAUUUAACAAAGUGCCGUCUCAUUCCUCAUUCAGCGUUUGCGUUCACCUUCACUCGGGUACUUACAGUAAUGACGUACACCAUGACGUCAGCUAAAGUGCUUUGGAACUGGGCCACGCAGUAACUCACUCAUAACAGCGCUUUUUCAGAGACGACAUUUGGGCAUAUCCUAGCAGGAGAAGCACAGGUGUAAAUAAUAAAAUGAAUGGUGGCUGCUCCAGUUUCAGGGUCCCAGUAUUGUUCAUGCUGACUCACAGUGUCACACUGUCAUGGUUUACUGGGACAUUUGAAUAGAAGUGAGCCACCGUUAAUGUUAUUAGUAACACCUGUGCUCUUCUAUUAUGACAAGCCAAAAUUGCUUCUUUGGAAGAAAAAAAGGCCUGUGUGUGUGUUUGGACUACAAGGUGAAAAUCUGGGAAAAUAAAUCCAUAGACAUUAAAGGUGUAUGUAAACUCAUCAUACAUCAUCCUAUAAUUGUUGCUUGUACAUGAGUGGAAUCAGUAGAGCCGUGAAGGGUUUGUUAUGUUGAAAGGUUAAAGCAUGAGAAAACACAAAAAUGAAGGAUAAAGUAUAAAAUAUGUUUCUUAGUUCUCACCUUUUUUUUUUAGCAUUUAAACUGGUGUUUUCUACCUGUUUUGCUCACAGUGAAGGACAUGUGACCCGUCAUCCAGACUACAGUCAUAGUGUGAGCAUGAAUUAUGAGAAACAAGCGUUUUUAACUUCACAAAUUGUUUAAAAAUUGUAAAAUGUAAAAAAGCAAAAAAUAGAGAAACAUGAAAAAAAAAUCUAAUUUGAAAUAAUACAAGUAAUUUUUUUUUUAUAAUCUUUUUAUUCAUUUUAGGACUGAAACUUGCAUCUGGCAUGUUACAUGUGGAUAACACUACAUUUUAUUCAUAACACAACAAUAGCAACCAAUAUGAAGUAAAUAUAUAUAAGCCUGUUUUUUUAUUUGAUGUCCUAUAUCUCAAUAUA